GUCCAUGAGAGGGAAUCUUGCAAAUGAUCCAUCUGCUUCAUGUGCCUUUCGAAAGUUGCAUUUCCAUCCUGGCAGUGAAUCGAAGUAUACAAAAGGCAGCGGGGGCCGGCCUCCAAAACUCAUGGGGCCGCAACCUUGUGCUGCCCCAUCCGUAAACUGGAAUCCACCAGAUAUUACGCGUGAUUGUUACUUAUACUUUUUCGUGCACACCCCAAAGCCUUACCUUGUCAGAGGCACAAACGUCUGAUACGCGUUGGGGCUGCUACCAUGACACCAUCCCAGCCAAAACUCACGACCCAACAUGUCUUCGCCGCCUACAUAAAAAAGAACGUCAUGAAAGAAUGGCUUAAAGAAAACUUCGGCGCCAACUUCAAGGCCACGAUUCAGAAUGGCCACUACCAAAUCCAAGCCCCGAGAGAGAUCACCAAGGAAGAGAUAGCCUACCUCACGAGCAAGCAUCACUACAUUUCCAACUUUGAGGAGCAGCCCUCGCUGGCCAAUGAUAACCCCUCGUCUGAGGAAAGUGCCCCCACGACAGCGAAUAACUCUCCAACCAGCGAGGGAGGUUUCCCCAACACCAAGUAGGCCAUGCGCGGCCGUCGUAGCUCAAGCUGUGGGGAGAUGGAGGACGAUAUAUAAAAGAGAUCGCUAGGGGAUUUAAUGGUAACGAGUAUUGUGUUAUGGGUGAUUGCCAUUUUUUAUGGUCUUCAUCUGUUCCUUAAGCACUCAAUCCACUCCCUUAACCUCCGCUACCAUUGAUACAUGCCCGGCAGUUACUGCAACCAGUGAUUUUUCCAAAUCUUCAUGGUGGGUUGUCGGCUUUUGCCGUCAGUAUUUAGAGUGUUUCCGCGAUUUAAAAAUCAAAUUAUCGAGUCUUCUUUAAAUCAAGACCUUUAUUCCUUCUCAGCUCAAAUCCC